CUUCACCAGGCAUUUGCAGUGUUACCAUUUAGGCCGAGGCCUCUUUGUAGCAGCAUCGUACAAUUGUAUCCAGUCUGACGAACACGUAACUGGCAGAAUUUCUUAACGACGACCCCCUCAACAUUCUUGUGACGUCACCGUGCGCCUCAGCAACUGCAGCAGCAGAAGUUGCCAUCGACAACAACAACAAUAAUCACAACAAGAAGAAAUCAGACAGAAGGUCUACUGUUGGGAGUGGAAAGCCGUGCCUCUGCUGCCCCUCCUCCUCCAGCUUCGUUAGCUCCCCUUCCCCUCUCUUGUUAGAGAAGCAAGAGGACCGUCCCUGUCAAGGCGAACCAUUUUUCUGACAGACGUAACACUGCAGCUUGAGUGAUCAGCCAUGCUCUGGAGCGGAAUUCCGCAUUCUUCUUCCCCAUCAACACAGCUUUAUCGUGGAUUCCAUCAGCAUUGACACAUCAUUGAAUGAAGAGCUGGCGAUCUGAGGAGCAUCCUCAUAAACGAACUACAGCUCGGACGAUCUGAGGAGCAUCCCCACAAACGGCUGUUUCUCGCAUGAGCCACGUGGACAAUGGCGUUUUCUGCCCCCAUCUUGUACCUGUUUGCUGUUGGAGUGCUCGUCCAGGUGACCCCAAUCAUGACCUGUGACCCAGGCCAGGCGUCCGGGUGCCCGAGCUAUUCGCAGUCGACACAAUUAUCUGUUAUGCCAAUUCCCGAUCCAGAGGACCUAGACGUCACCUGCAGGAAUCUCCAGUCCGGCCUGGCAUGUCUGCUCGGUCCUGCUGUGCUAGGCGGCUGCACACCCCAACAACGGGCUCCUUACACGGCCAUGAGUAAAGUCUUGAACAUUCCCUGUCAUCGCUACAAGCAAGAGUACCUCAGGGGCAGCACAUGUUGGAAGUCCAAAGAUCUCACUGAAGUUUUUAAAAACUGCUACUCGACUAACAUAGUAGAAAUAAGUACAAAUUUCUGCAGCGGAGGACAGGUGUUCCGGACCUGCAUAAUUAGCGACAUCAAGAUGUUACCCGGAUGUGAUAUCAGCAGUCAACGUAUACUUGACAUCAUGGUGACGACAUGGUACAACACUGUAGGAAUAAGUUUCCAGCCAACCUGCCCGGAACUGGCUGUUCUUUCCUUGUCAACUACAACUACUGCAACUACAGUGACAACAACUACUACACCGGAACCUGCAACGACAACCUCUCCGGUGGUGACUGUAUUAGCUGACCUCGUAAGUCUCCAUACCGAGCCUGGGAAGACACAUCAACCAAAGCAGCAGAGCACCGCCGACCUCCAGUCACCAGCCUUCGCCGAGAGCACCGGAAGUACUGGCGUCGCCAUGUUGCGUCAGUGUCACACGCAACUGAUCAUUUCUGUCUUGACAACAGUUUUGGCUCUUGUUCGGUUGAGUUUGAACUUUCGGUGAUUUUAUUUCGUGUGUUUUGGGAGGGGGGGAUGGAUGGGAAAAGCAAGAGGGCUUUGGCUGACGUUUGGUUUUCUAGAGGUAUGUGUGUGUAUAUAUAUAGAACUCACGAAUCGUAUCCUGUAAACAGUGGUUCUUUGAAUACUGCAGAUCUCUGUGGUCAGGUGUAAGUAUUUCAAUCAGUUAAUGCCAGGUUGAUGUCAGCUAAAUCUUUAUUUUAUGAAUAACAUCAGUAUUAUGAUGAAAUCGGUGGACGCACACAUUGCAGCAAAUGCUGCUGGGGCAAAGUUGUUUUGUAUAUUUUUUGUUCUUCACCCUUUCCUCCCGUCUUGAUACAUAUGCAACAUUUAUCAGGAUCUUUUUAUUAUUGCUGCCUCGGCCAUUUUCUGGUGUAAACGAAUUGUAACACAAAUUGAGAGUUGCUUGGAAACAUCUUAAAGUUUUUAUAGGUCUGUCAAUAAUAAUGUGGAAAUAAAAUCCAACAGAUGCAGGCUAGAUUUUUCCUCCUGGGAAUUUCCUUUUUAAAAAAAUGAAUGCCUAGACUCUUUUUCCAGACGAGGCCUACAUAAUACGAAGACACCGAGAGAACUUCACAAGCUUGUAACCCGGCAGAAGAGUCCAAACCGUUUCUGAAUUUUUAACAGAAUAACUAUUUGCUAAAGCCACAUGAAAAAACAGAACCAUGGCCAUAUUACCCGACAUCGGACCGACGCUGGUUACCCAGAAGAUUAGCAAAGGUAACCAACGGUAGCAGUAACUCAACCGAAGGCCAACGCCUGCAUUUACCAAAAAAAUUAAUUUGUUUUCCUUCGUGGACUACCCUUAGACCUAAAAUAAGAUGGAUGAGCGCUGAGUUUCCGCAAGCACAAACACUAUCUUCAUAUCGACUUUGUAUUUUGCAUUUCAGUUCAAAAAUGCCGUUUGCUAAAUAUUUCUACAUUUGUCUACAUUCGUCAUGCUAUUUUGUUCCAUGGAAGAAAAUAUUUUUCCAGUUCCUUUAUCAGAAAACAUAACUCACUUUAUUGAAAACAUUUUUGUUUCUUUCUUUUUUGCCUGAAAGAGUUCCACAGAAGGCAUCUACCAUUUUCUUUUUUUUUUAUGGUUCCCUGCAAGACAUAUUAUUUCUCCUACCUCAAGAGGCGUCGUCUAAUGAGCUUCUGUAGACUGCAUUUACGAUUAAUCACUGAAUUUUACGUGUACUCAAGACUAAUCUUGCUGACUGCAUGGUCUGACUAUAAAUAUAGUUGCCGAAAUCACAUGUUCCCCAGUUACAAUGGCGCCGAUUUUCAACUGGCAAUUUUGUAGUCUACUUGCUCCUUUUCCUGUGUCUUUAAAGAAUUUAUCGACAUAGGUCACCGAGACCGCCUGAGAAUUUUGAUCAUGUACACUAUCACUGCCAUUUUUAUGUUGGACAUUUUUGCUAAUAAAAUUUGUGAAUUUACUCUUUAAGGCGAAGGAUUCAUACUUUGCAAGUGUAAUGAUCAUGACAAUCAGUAUGAUCUAAUAAAGCAACAUAUGUACGUGUGUAAAUAUGUAUAUGUAUGUGGUUAUUUUAUGCAGAUGUUGCUUUCCCACUUUCUCUCUGUGUCAGAGGCCACCGAGACCGCCUACAAACCUUGAUCAUCUACGCAAUCACUGCCAUUUUUUAUGUAUGACAUUUUUACGAAUAAAAUUUGUGAACUUACUCUGUA